UUUCAGGAAGUCCAGUAAGUGGGCUUAUGUAAUUGCGAUCUGACGGUCUGGAUCAUAUAUGGAUACCAGUUUUUCAUUUCUAAACCAUAUUCCGGGUCAGAAAGGAUACAUUGUGGUUUCAAAUGGCUGUAUUGUCAAGUCAAAUGGAGAACUUGAAAAUGACGAAUCAUUGGCAGUGAAUGUCCAGAAGAUGUUAUCGGUUGGCGAACCUCUCGUCCAUAUCGUAGGAAAAAUCGAGAAAAUGACAAUUGUAUACCCAGAACACAAUCUUGAAGUUGUUCGAAGUGGCAAAUAUGUAUUUAUUGUGAAGAAAAAAACAAACACUUAGUAUGAGUACUUCAUGCAUCUCCACAUUUUGUGUAUAUGCUUCUAAAGAUAACAUUUUAUAAAGUAAAGCAUCUUCGGCAAUAUAUUUAGAUCACCUAUUCUUUUAUGCGUUUUUCUGUUGAUAAUUCAUUUCACUAACACCCUUUGUCGGGAAAGUUUUGUUGUUAUUUGUUGAUGUGAUGAAUCGCAAGGGGAAGGUUUAUUGAAUAGCA